AAAACGAGGUGUACUAACUUGAGUUCUAUAUCGCACUAGCAUCAAUCACCGCGGCCAGUGUGUUCAUACAUGGCUUUUCUCUCAUCCCUUAUGAGCCUCUGCUCUCGCCGCAGCUUCUCUCCGCAGCGUAAGAUAUGUCGCAGCAGACCAGGUGUAGGAGACAUCCCGCAGACCGGCUCCGCUCAAUGCAUCGUAGUUCUCGGCAAAUCCAGUUUUUUCGCAUAGCGCAAUAAAACGGCUGCUAAUGGUGUUGGCGAGCUCUGUGAACCCUACACGGCGCAGCCCUGAUUCGAUGAGCUGCGUUGAGGGAGCCCAGAUCGGCCCACGCCAAUAGCCGUCGCUCCGGUAAUGAGGUGAGUCAAGCUGCUCGGUAGCAAGUCCCCACGAUGUCAAGUGUUUGGAGAGAUCAUCGACCAUUUUCGCGACGAUUUCUUUCGGAAGGUACUCUGC